AAGUACCAGUUGUAAAAGAAGGCUGUACAACGUAGUAGUUCUAGUUGUUAAGCGUCCAGUACAUCAAGUAAGUAGCUUUUCCUAUACCUGCUAUGGUUGUGGUCAUAAAGAAGAUGAAGCAUGACCUUUUUCGAACAACUCCGAGUAUUUCGCGAUUCUUGUAGUUGUAGCCAGCGAACCAGUUGUGUGACACAGGAAGUUGUAGUGCAGCGGAGAUUACGAGAUCAUUACUCUCACUACGACGACGAAAACGACGAUGUGCGGAGACGAUUACGCAGAACUACAAGUGGAAGUGCAAGAUGAAAUCUGUGACUUCCUUGGCGUGCUUUAGCUAAGUUGUAUAGUACUACAAGCCGUACUAGCUUCUAGAAGAUCUAGCUCGAUGUAGCACUACGUUGUCACACGGAGACUACUAACAGAGGAAGUGCAAUAAAGUUGCUCAUGAUCAAGAAAAAAAGAGGCCGCAAGACCACGGAAAACAUUGCGGGAAUCGGAAUGGGACCAGUCAGGACGUGAAUAGUACAUAACAAGAAGCAAACCCAAAGGCACUUCAACAUUCUUUUUCUUGUACAACUAAGAUAGAACUUCUACUUCUACCUCAGCCUCGUGACGUGGUGGUCUUUCAAAGUCCUUCUGAGAGGACGAGGAGAUGCUCCUGCUACCGAUGAUGCCUGAUGAAAGUGGUUGUGAGUCAGAGAAUUUCUCAUCUUGUAGAGGAAGAACGAUCUUCAGUAAAAGGGCUUGAACUUGAAGAGCAUCAACAUCCCGCCUAGCGCCCGCAUUAUUGUACCAGUCCGCAACAGAAGAUGAUGGAGAGAAGAACCCAAGUCGGACAUUAGGAAAGAACACCGUGACCGCUCAAGGGGGUUGUUUGCCCUCACGACUUCGAAAACUAAAAGCGACCUGUGACGUACGUAUCUAUAACUUUUGUACGAGCAAUAGUAGCUGCUAGACGAGCACGACCAUCACUUCAGCGACGACGUGGUGGGCCUGUUGUGUUCCUACUUGAUGUUCAGAGACCACGUGAUCUGUCUUGUACGAGGACAUUGACGAAGAGGAGAACCGCCAUCAGGACCAGGAGAACUUCUUCUACCAAAUAAAGAACUAAAUCUUCAUGCGUACUAGAGAUCCUCCUCCUCUGGUAGAACAACCAUAAGGAAAUCUAGAUCUACCACGUCUACUACUACUACUACUUUUUCACGCACAUGCGUGGUUCAGGAUCAGGACAUCAUCUACCCUAAGAAGAACUACCUCAAUUACUUCUUCUUCACGCGUGAUCUAGAACAACCGUAACACCUGGUACCACCAACUUCGCAGCAAAAAUGGUGCCGCAGCCAAGUCCAAGUAGUGGCGCUGGGAAUGUCACUGCUCGUACUGUUGUUAAGGCAUAGAUUUUGGCACUAUCAAGGACAUAUGCGAAAAAUAGAAAUAAUCGACGAGUUACUGACUGAAAUAAGGGGCGUAGCUUUUACAAGGCUACUCUUCCUCUUUCAGUAUGAUCUCGGUUGAUAUAGAUAUUCUUGUCUGUAGUUCGUUCUUGCUUAAGUCAGUUUAUCGAAUAUAGAGGUCAACUUGUUCAGCCCCGAACCCCACCCUUCCUUCUAAGAUGAAGUACAACGUCGCAGGUAGUAAGAUAAAGAUACACAAGCAACCACGUGAGGAUGAUAAUGAGUGCGAAUACUACUCGAAAACGUAUAACACGUGGAUGCGCGCAGCUAUCCAAGAACGCAUUCGCGAUUCCAGUCAUAAAGUGGUACAUAUUGCUUGCUUGUGUGGUAGUCUGUUGUGGUACAGCUUACAUGAUAUUACUCAUCCGUGACAGUUGUAGAAGUUGUACGUUUGUUGGAAAAUAAGAACAAAGACGCUACAACUUGUAGCUCAGGAAUGACUCGUUGACGAGACAACUACCAUGCAUUCGCACCACUGCACAGAUAGCCUACACCUUGGAUGUCAAGCCAAAAGCAAAGCCUGAGAAUGUCCGACGAUUUGAGGAGGAGCCGGGCGACGAUCUGGAGCCAAGAAAGCCAACUCCAGCAGGUGUUAGUAUUUAUUUGAGUACUACUAGAAGAAAGCUAAUUCCAGCAGGUAUUAGUAUUUAUUUGAGUACUACUAGAAGAAAGCUAAUUCAAGCACCAGGUAUUUAUAAUUUGGGUACUAGAUGUACUAAGAGGGGAAUGUUGAAUCAAGUGGCAACCAGGUCAUUGCGUGUAGUGCUAUCUUCAUCAACAGCCUUCGCAAAUAUAGCGUGAUCAUCUUCAUCACCAUCAUACUGAUUCCCAAACAUUACACAGCAGCCCCCUGCUCUUCACCCUGGUCUCCUUUGGCUACCACCAUCGGCCCAACG